GGUUAACAAGAUGACAACGUCGAAAACCGGGUCUUUGUUGCGUUUAAACGCGCAGGACGACGCGCUUCAAAGGACAUCCGGUGAUUGGCAGGAUCGGGACACCGACUCGGAAAUUAGCGAGAACGAUUUUUUGACGAAGGGCGCGUUCCUGCUGACGCCCAGCCAUGAGCUCAGCAUAGAGAAAGCGGCCACCAUUUGCGAAAAAAUGAACUUCCGUGGAGCGUUCUCGUUGACGAAAACGGCCACGGGUAUACUAUUUAAGUUCAGCAAUAUUGAGGAUUUUCAGGCAGUUUACAAAAAGGGAUUUCACAAAGUUACCGGCGCGCGUUUUUACAAAAAGGUCGCGAUACCGUGUAGACCAGCAAAAACGUUCACCGUUUACGUGCUAGACGUGCCCGAGGAAUUACCUGAAGAGGAUAUCCGACAUGCUUUAUACAAAUACAGAUCUAUAGUCGAAGUCACGAGGCUACCACUGAACACUGGUACCGUUCUGAGAGCGAUAAACGAGAAGUUGAAAACGGACGCCCACACGCAAAACGAGCCGGCCACCAUUUACACGGGACCACCGGUGAUAAGGGUGACCCUAGCCAGCGUCGAGGAGACCUCAACCUUGCUAAGUCGCGGCUUAGAUUUUUAUGGGGCUACCUACUUCCCGACCGAAACCCCUUACGGCCACAUCGUGGACCAACCGCUUGCUAAAUACAAAAACAGCAGGUGGGAUAAUAAAAUUUUAUUCUAUUCACUAAACGACAAUUACCGAACUAAAACUAAUGCUAUUAUUAUGGAAUGA